AUGGGAGACCACGUGAGAUGCACGGUGGAUGGCAUAAAAAAGAUUAAGGACAAUUCCACAGAUGAGAUUGUCCUGCGUAUUACAAAGAUCGAUUCCAAACCUGGAGAUUUAGUGGGAAGAUUCUGUGUAACAGAUGAGAAGGAAUGCUUGGAGGCAUUUGGUUCUUAUCGUGUGUCAAGUGCCAUAGACUCUUGGGAUGUCCGUGUAAAUAGUCUUGUGAGAUUUACUGAUUAUGGUUUUUGCACAACAAAUGGAAAAGAGUCACUCAUUGUUUCGGACCUGUCCUUUAUGGAGUGUGGUGAAUGGAAACAAAUACCAGCGAAAGAUGUUGCUGGGGAUCCUUUAACGGGAGAGAGUUCUAAGAAGCUUAUGAUCAAUGAGAUGCCUAUUAAGGAUAUCAACGACCACUGCUACCGUUGGUCUUUACGUGCCAGGGUGACACACAAAGGGAAACUUGUAUUCUUUGAAACAGGCACAGCUGGGUGUGUUAUGUCAGUUGAUGUUGCCGAUGCAGAAAGUUCUGAAAUACGUAUUGUUGGAUUUGGCGAGAAUGCAAAGCGUCUUUCAAGCGAGAUUGAGCAAGGCAGUGUCUAUAUAUUUUCAGGGAACAGUGGUGUGCAGCGCUCUAAACCAGCAUAUACACCAUAUAAAUCAAAUUGGGAGAUAAAAGCAAGCAAGACUAUGGAGAUCAAGCGUGUGGAGGACGAUCUACGUAUUCCAAAUGUUGUUCUUAAAAGAACGAGUGUUUUAGAUGCUUCUAAGCUCAGCCAAGAGACAUUUGUAGACGUGAUUGGUGGUGUAAUGUGGAUUGGACAGAAAAACAUUUCUCCUAAGGAUUCUGGAGCAUUCAUGAGGAGGAGGAUGCUUUGUUUGAGCGAUGAAUCUGGCCACAGUAUAGACAUGUGUCUGUGGGAUUCAAAGGCCGAAGAUGAAGGUUCGGAAAUUGAGGACAAACUUGGUCGAGGGGAGAGGCCUAUUGUAUGCGUGAAGGGUGGCCGGAUUUCAGAUUACAAUGGCAAGUCUAUUUCAGUCACAGGUGGCUCUACCCUUUUAGUUGAUCCUGAAUUAGAAGAUGUCUCACGGCUGCGUGAAUGGAUGGUUGCUAGCUACGACACAACCAGUUUUGUCCAUGUGACCAACUCUUCUUCUAAAGCAGUGAUUUCUGGUACAAAGGCAGUAUCUGAGAUGUUGUCUAUCAACCUGAAGGUUUCCGAGUUUUCCGCUAUUUUUCGUGUUAUUGUGUCAGUGAAAGAAAUCCAGACUGGUGACUUCUAUUACCCAGCAUGCAUGAAGGUUGUCAAUGGAAGGCAAUGUGGCAAGAAGGUUACUCAGGUUUCAGAAAGUAUGUGGCAAUGCAAUUCUUGUGACAGUGAUUCUGGAGAUAUUCAGCUCAAAUAUGCACUACACUUGUGUAUUCUGGACAGCACUGGACAUAUAUGGGCGGUUGCAUUUGAUGAUGCUGCUAAUGAAAUUGUAGGGAUGCCUGCAUGUAAGCUGGCUGCGCUACAAGAUGAUGAUUAUACUGGUUUUUCAGCCAUAAUGGACUCUAUUCGAUCAAAGAUGUACAAUCUGAAGGUUAGAAGUAUUAGAAACUGGCAAGCAUGCAAGAUGGAUGAAGAGGAUGAUUCUCUCGAGGUGGUUGAGAUUCCAUGGGAAGAUUUUGGAACUGAUUAUUAG